AUGUCGCGCAAACAAGUGGAUCAGCGCAUCCAGACGCUCAUCCGCAAUGGCUUGCAGGAGAAGAAGAGGAGCUUCUUCGUCGUGGUGGGCGACCGCUCCAAAGAUGUGAUUGUGCAUUUGCACUACAUCAUGUCCAGCAUGGACAUCAAGCAGAACAAGUCCGUGCUGUGGGCGUACAAGAACAAGCUGCUUGGCUUCACGAGUCACCGAAAGAAGCGAGAGCAAAAGAUCAAGAAGGAAAUUAAGCGAGGCAUCCGAGAGGCCAACUCCGAAGACCCGUUCGAACUCUUCGUGUCGCUGCACAACAUCCGAUACACAUACUACAAGGAGACGGACAAGAUUCUGGGAAACACCUUUGGCAUGUGCGUCCUGCAAGACUUCGAGGCGCUCACGCCCAACAUCCUGGCGCGGACAAUCGAGACGGUCGAGGGCGGUGGCCUGGUCGUCAUGCUGCUCAAGGGCAUGAACAGUCUGCGACAGCUCUACAACCUGUCCAUGGACGUCCACUCGCGGUACAGGACCGAGGCUCACACCGAUGUCGUGGCGCGGUUCAACGAGCGUUUCCUGCUGUCUCUGGGGCGUUGCGAGUCUUGUCUGGUCAUCGAUGAUGAGCUGAACGUGCUGCCCAUCUCUGGCGGCAAGGAUGUCAAGGCCCUGCCGCCACCCGACCUGGAUCAGCCCAAGACGGAGCAGCAGAUUGAGCUCGACAACAUCAAGGACGACAACCAGGAGCGGGAGCCGGUCGGGUCGCUCAUCUCGCUCGCGCGAACUGUGGAUCAGGCAAAGGCGCUUCUCACUUUUACGGAAGCCAUCUCCGAGAAGACCUUGAGAAGCACCGUCGCCCUUACUGCCGCCAGAGGUCGAGGCAAGUCUGCUGCCAUGGGUGUCGCUGUUGCCGCCGCCGUGGCGUACGGAUACAGCAACAUCUUCAUCACCUCUCCGUCGCCGGAGAACUUGAAGACUCUGUUUGAAUUCAUCUUCAAGGGUUUCGAUGCGCUUGGUUAUGCGGAUCAUGCCGACUAUUCCAUCAUCCAGAGCACGAACCCCGACUUCAACAAAGCCAUUGUGCGAGUCAAUAUCCACAGGCAGCACCGCCAGACCAUCCAAUACAUCCGUCCCCAGGAUGCCCAUGUUCUGGGCCAAGCUGAGCUGGUGGUCAUCGACGAGGCGGCUGCCAUCCCCCUUCCACUCGUCCGCAAGCUGAUGGGUCCUUAUCUGGUCUUCAUGGCCUCCACCAUCAACGGCUACGAAGGAACCGGCCGGUCUCUGUCUCUCAAGCUUAUCAAGCAGCUGCGAGAACAGUCGCGGUCUGCCUCCAUCGCAAACGGCGAGACGGAGCUGGCGGAUAGGUCAACCGGCAAGGCGGCCAAGACGGAAGAGUACCAGGCCGCGAGGAAGCUGCGGGAAAUCACCCUGUCGGAGCCCAUCCGAUACGCCAAGGGCGAUGCUGUCGAGAAGUGGCUGAACAAGCUCCUGUGCCUGGACGCGACGCUGCCCAAGGCCAAGGCCAACGUUCACGGCUGCCCGGACCCGUCCCAGUGCGAGCUCUUGGCCGUCAACCGUGACACCCUCUUCUCCUUCCACCCCGUCUCCGAAGCCUUCCUUCAACAAAUGGUGGCGCUCUACGUCGCAAGCCACUACAAGAACUCGCCCGAUGACUUGCAGCUCAUGAGCGAUGCGCCGGCACACGAGCUCUUCGUGCUGGUUCCCCCCAACGUGGAGGAUACUGGCAAGCUGCCCGAGCCGCUGUGCGUCAUCCAGGUUGCAUUGGAAGGCAAAAUUAGCAGGCAAAGCGUUCUCAACAGCCUGAGUCGCGGCCAGCGGCCUCACGGCGAUCUGAUUCCCUGGCUGGUGAGCCAGCAGUUCCAGGAUGAGGACUUUGCUUCCCUGUCCGGCGCCCGUGUCGUGCGGAUAGCAACGAACCCGGAGUACGUGUCCAUGGGCUACGGAACGAAGGCGCUGGAGCUUCUCACCGACUACUACGAGGGCCGUUUCGCCUCCCUAUCCGAGGAUGACGACCAGGUCAUGGAAGAGAGGAUGCAUCGGGCCACCGACGCUGAGUUGACCAAGGCUUCGUUGCUGAACGAAGAGAUCACGGUCCGCGACCAGGCACACAUGCCGCCACUGUUUGCCAAGCUACGAGAAAAGAGACCCGAGGCGUUGGAUUACAUUGGCGUCAGCUACGGCUUGACCAAGCCUCUGCACAAAUUCUGGAAGCGCUCGGCGUUCUCGCCGGUAUACCUGCGGCAGACUGCCAACGACCUCACCGGCGAGCACACCUGCGUCAUGCUCCGGCCGCUUGAGAACAGCCAGGACAGGACUUGGCUGGGGGCAUUCUCUCGGGACUUCCAAAAGCGUUUCUUGUCGCUCCUUUCGUACCAGUUCCGGACCUUCACUACCGCCGAAGCGCUCAGCAUCGAUGAGUCCGCCAACGCUGGCGCAAAGCUGGACGCGGUUGAGGCCGCAGCGAUGGACAAGUUCGAGCUGGACCGAAACUUCUCGCCUUUCGAUCUGAAGCGCCUGGAGUCAUACGCGAACAACAUGCUAGACUACCACGUCAUCCUAGACAUGAUGCCGGUCAUUGCUAACCUGUACUUCUCGGGGAAGCUGAAGGGAGACAUCAAGUUGACGGGCUUGCAGCAGUGCAUUCUGCUGGGCAUUGGUCUGCAGCGCAAGGACAUUGAUGUCAUCGGAAAGGAGUUGGAUGUGCAAACUUCGCAGCUUCUGGCCAUGUUCAUCAAGAUCCUCCGCAAGGUGACGGCACACUUUGGUACGCUGGUGUCGGCCGCCGUGGACGCGGAGAUGCCCAAGCCGGAAAAGAUUGGGGUCUCACGGGCGGACGCCAGCGGCGCACACGAUGACGAAGUGGUCGACGAGCGCUUCGCGCCCCUGUCUACGUCUCUCGACGACGAGCUGGAAGAGGGUGGAGACGAGGCGCUCAAGGCCCUUAGACAGAAGCAGAGGGAGCUGAUUGACUCUCUGCCACUGGAUCAGUUCGAGAUCGAAGGUGACGCCCCUGCCUGGGCAGAGGCCGAGAAGCAGGUCAAGAGCGGCAAGUCCAACACGGUCGUUAGCGUAAAGUCUGGCAAGCAAAAGCGCAAGGCUGGACCGACGGCGGCUGAGGUCUAUGAGGAGGCCAUGGGGGAGAAGUCCCGCAAGAAGGCCAAGAAGGGCAAGAAGUCUGCGUAA